AUGGAUAUCCCUGACUGCGAAGAUGCAACAAGCGCCCUGAAUUCAUUCAAGGCGACCACCAUACAGUCAGGGCAUACGGUUCUGCUCAGACUACCUAAUGGCGAGACCAAAGGCUUCAAAGUGGAAAAGGAUGCUACUAUCUCUAUAGGCAGAGUCGGCUCCUUUCGCGCAAAUGAGCUGAUCGACCAUCCAUACGGAUUGACGUAUGAGAUUCGUGGCAAAGAACUCAGCGUCCAGCCGCCCCAUACUCUACAAGAAGUAGAGGAAACGGAUGCUACAAACGAGCUCAUCAAUGAUGGUGAAUUCGUGCAGCCACUUACCCUCAGCGAGAUUGAAGGGUUGAAAAAGUCUGGCGUGCAUGCUUCUGACAUCAUAAAGGCUCAAAUCGAACAACAUGCCAAUUAUUCCAUGAAAACUGAAUAUAGCAAGGAGAAAUAUAAGCAACGCAAGGAAGCCAAGUACUCCAAGACCUUCAGUACGGUUGAACCGACAAUUUACAAUGUUUGUGACCACUGGUUCAAAAAAGACCAGAACAGGAUUCGUGAUAUCAGACCAGAUACACUGUCUCAAAUAUUGAAUCUGGCGAAUGUUCGCCCCGGCGGCAGGUACAUUGCUGUUGACGAGGCGUCUGGGCUUCUUGUAUCAGCAAUCCUCGAGAGACUGGGAGGGGAUGGACGACUGAUUUCCAUCUGCGAUGUCGAUUCACCACCCGCAUAUCCUGUCAUGACCCUGAUGAAUUUUCGCAAAGACGUCGUUACAAAAGUACACUCGUCAUUAAAUUGGGCAACUGCCCAGGAAGACUAUACACCAGUGGCAGCUGUAACACAAGAGUCAUCGUCGGAAGUGGGAAAAUCAGAACGACAUAGGAUUCGCCUUGAUAAACGGAAGAACGCGGCAGAUACUCUUUUAAACGCAAGAGAGGAGUUGUUUGCUGGUGAAUAUGAUGCGCUUUUAAUCGCAAGCGAUUACGACCCGUUGGAGAUCCUACAAAACUUGAUUAUAUAUGUAGCGGGAUCAGGAUCCAUAGUUGUUCAGAGCCCAUUUAGCCGGCCUCUUACAGAACUACAAUCGAAAUUGCGCCUUGACCCAAACUAUCUUGCACCAUCGAUUACAGAAUCAUGGCUGCGACGGUAUCAAGUUUUACCAGGUCGCACACAUCCGACGAUGAACACGUCAGGAUCGGGAGGUUUCUUAUUACACGCAAUCAAAGUGUAA